CUAAGCACCCGGAAGUGGGAGAGCAUUGGAAAGUGUGGUCGCUCUCCUGCCUAGGCUCCGUUUCUGACCAUCUUAUACUUCCCAGCUAUACAUACUGCUGUAUUUUCACUUGUUCUUGUUUGCUUACAAACUACAUUAAGACCUAUGUCAGGAUGUCCACCUGUGUGGAAUAAUAUGCUCAGCAAACCAUACAGCAGUUCUCUGCAUGGCAGCUCAUGUGGUGUUCUCCCUGCAGGUACAGUUAUGGGAAAGCGGUGAAAGGAACUGUGUGGGUGACUUUGUGCCAGAAAGCAAAGGGCUGUCCUCAAGAUGUCAGCAAAGAUAUCUGUAGAGAAUACAGCGGUCUGACAGCAAGAAAGGGUUGCUUCACAUCUUCAGUAAGCACAACAGUAUUUAAUCUGUCUCCCAGUGAGGAAGACAGUAAAAUCUAUGCAGAAGCUUCUCUCCUGGAGGAAGGCACAGGAGUCCAAAUCAACACGUCCAGCCAAAUUGUCAUUUCCAGGACAGCUGCAAGUGUUGUGUUUGAGACACCAAAUGCUUACUAUAUCCCUGGAGUACCCUUCAAGGGGAAGAUUAAGCUUCAGGACCACUAUGGAAAUAGUAUGAAAAACAGAAAAGUUAAUCUCAUUAUAAAGUUCAUGAGGCGUCAGCUUAUUAAAACUUACAUCACAGACAGCAGUGGAAGAGCAUCAUUCAACCUGGACACAACUGCCUGGAACACCUCCUCAGUCUCCUUGGAGGGAAGAUUCGCGCUGGAGAAUGUCACGCAAAAACCUUGGAAAACUAGUAUCAAUUAUAUAAAUGCCUACCAUCAUCUGCAGCCCUUCCAUGUCACAACCAAGAGCUUCCUGAAAAUACACCCACUCACAGGGAAACUGCCCUGUGGGCUGAAGCAGAGUGUCCAGGUGACCUUCACACUCAGUAGGGCUGAUGUGGGAGAAGACACCAACCGCGUUGAUUUUGCAUAUUACGUCACUGGAAAGGCUGGCAUUGUCAACAGAGGUUGGAGAAGUGUUCAGGUUGGAAAGCUGAACAGUAAGUCUGCAGUGGCCUGGCUGACCUACAGGAAACAGUUUGGCCUACUGGAGUUUCUCUUGAACUGCCUGAAACUACAGCUCCUGGGCUGUCAGAGAAUAGGACAGAGGGAGAUGGAGGAAGUAAUUGUACCAUCUGGGAGAGGAGAAACAGUAGAAAAAGAAUUAAUGCAGGGAGGAGAGACUGGGAAAAACUGUGAAGAGAUGGAGUUCAUGGGGUUAGAAAGUGGAGGGAGAGGGCAAACAGAGCAACACUUUGGUUUUAUUUCCUCAGUGCUGAAAGGCUCUUUCUCUAUCCUGCUGACCUUCACUGCUGACUUCACCCCUUCACCUUGCUUAGUGGUGUAUACUAUCUUCCCUAAUGGAGGAGUGACAGCUGAUAGCAUCCGUUUUGAUGUUGCCUUGUGCUUUCAAAACCAGGUCAAGGUAGAUUUCCCAACUAAAGAAAGCCACACAGGGUCAAUAGUGCAGCUCCAACUUGAGGCAGCCCCUGGCUCCUUGUGUGCAGUACAGGCAGUGGAUGAAAACGUGCUCCUCAUGAGACCGGAGAACGAGCUGACAAGCCAAAAGGUAUAUGGCUUGUUCCCUGCUAUCUACAGACAUGGAUACCCUGCCCAAGUUGAAGAGCAUUCAGAUCACUGUUUUCAGCCCCAGUUCAUGUCAUCUUGGCACCAAGGACAACCACAGCAUCCCUUUCAGCCUGAUAUUUUCAACCUCUUCUGGGUGGCAGAUUUAAUUCCAGCUAUUCCCUCUGGUGCACAUGAGGGGAAGGGAAGUGGCACUGGCAAUGGAAAUGUGUUAAGAGGACUGAACCUUACUUCCUCAGCAUGGUGUCUGUUUGGGCAAGUGCUACUUCUAGCUGCCUGGGCAACUGGCUUUCCUAGCUGUGAUGAUUUUCAGAGUCAUUUUGAGGAGCAGUGCUGCUCUUCCCCUCUCACACCUGCUUUUCUAUUUCCCUUGCCCUCCUUCUUCCAACAGGACAUGGGUCUGAAAGUCUUCUCAAACCUUGCAAUCAAGAAGCCAACUCAGUGCACUCAGCAGGCAGAGAGGAAGCCAACCAUGGGGGUACCUUCUAUGGAAGAUCAAAGAAUUACUAAGGAACAACCCCAGUUUACAACCCAAGGAAGAUUUCAGAACUCUUUGCCUGAAACUUGGAUCUGGAAUCUCUUCUUCGUUGGUUCCAAUGGCAGCAGGAGCAUUCCAGUCAUGACACCUGGUGCUGUCACGAAGUGGAAAGUCAAGAUGUUCUGCUUGUCUGGGAGGACAUUUGGCCUUGCUCCAACCACGAGUCUCAGAACAGUCCAGCCUGUCUUUGUGGAUGUGACACUGCCAUAUUCUGUGAUCCGAGGAGAGACUUUCAUGCUGAAGGCUACUGUCUUCAACUACCUACAGCAAUGCCUACAGAUACAUGUGGCCCUAGAUAAAUUGCUGGACUUCCAGGUGGAGGACUGCCAGACCUGCAGGAACAGAGAGUGCUUGUGUGUGGAAGAGUCCAAGACCUUCACAUGGAAUGUGACAGCAAUCCAGCUGGGGACUCUGAAUAUCACAAUCAAGACUGAAGUACUGGACACAACACCACGCUGUGGGGGAAGGAAGCCCUUGCCAGCUACCAUGAGGCGGAGGCAUGCUCUGAUCAAACACUUGCUGGUUCGGCCAGAAGGUGUGCUAGUGGAGAAGUCUUACAGCUCCCUUUUGUGCCCAAGAGGAGGAAACAUGGCUGAAGAACCUAUGCUGAUUCACCUCCCUGAUAAUGUAGUAAAGGGAUCUGCCAGUGCAUCAGUUUCCAUCUCAAGUGACCUCAUGGGACUGCCACUACAGAACCUGGACCGCCUGGUGCAGAUGCCCCAUGGAUGUGGGGAGCAGAAUAUGGUUCUGUUUACUCCCAUUGUCUAUGUGCUGCAGUACCUGGAGAAGACAAGGCAGCUGACCCCUGUGAUCAAAGAGAGAGCAACCAGCUUCUUGCACAAAGGCUACCAGACACAGCUUCUUUAUAGGCAUAGAGAUGGGUCCUACAGUGUCUUUGGGCAGCAGGAUGGGGAAGGGAACACUUGGCUGACAGCUUUUGUAGCCAAGAGUUUUGGCCAAGCCAAGAAAUAUAUCUAUAUAGAUGACAAGAAUAUCCAGGAUGCCCUGCGCUGGCUGGAGCAAAACCAGCUCCCCAGUGGCUGCUUUGCCACCAAAGGAAAUCUCUUUCAUUCCUCUCUGAAGGGCAGCUUGGAUGAUGAAAUCUCUUUGGGAGCAUAUGUUGCUGCAGCACUGCUGGAGCUGGGUCAGCCACGGAAGGGCAAGUUGAUGCAGACUAUCUUCCACUGCCUACAGCAUGCAGUUCACAACAUCACCAACACAUACGCAGAAGCUGUGCUGGCCUAUGCUUUUGCCCUGGCUGGAGACUAUGAGAUAACCCAGGAGCUACUGUACAAGUUGGAGGAACAGGCCAUCAAGUCAGGAGGGCAAAUACACUGGAGUCCCAAAACAAGCUCCCCAGCUUCCACCGACUUCUGGCAUAGUACCCAGUCAGUGGACAUAGAAUUGACAGCCUAUGUACUCCUGGCAUACCUUUCCAAGCCACAACUGAAUGCAAGGGAUAUGAAAACUGCAGCUGGUAUUGUGGUGUGGCUGACCCAGCAGCAGAAUGCCUAUGGAGGCUUUGCCUCCACUCAGGACACAGUUGUUGCUCUGCAAGCCUUAGCAAAAUACGCAGCAAGGAUGUUCAGCACAUCAGGCCAAGCACUUGUGAAGGUGAAGUCACAGAGGGAUUUUGGAAAGACAUUCCAAGUCACUCGCCAGAAACGUCUCCUUGUGCAGCAUGCAGAACUGACAGAGAUCCCAGGGCAGUUCUUGGUGCAGGUCCAAGGCAGAAGCUGUGUGUUUGCUCAGACAGUGCUGAGGUACUAUGAGCCAACUCCACAAACCUCCAUAACCUUCAGUCUGCAUGUCAACACAGAGCUGGCCAAUUGUAGCCAGGCCAAUAUGCAUGUUCUCACCGUCCACAUUCUUGCCAGCUACACUGGCAGCAGAGGCACAUCCAACAUGGUGAUCAUGGAAGUCUCCUUGUUGUCUGGAUUUGUCCUAGCUCCAGGAUCCAGGAUGUUGCUGGAGCGCAAAACCAUCAUUAAGAAAGUAGAAGUGAAAGCUGAUGUCAUCUACAUUUAUCUGGACAAGCUUAGUGAUGAGUCUCAGACUUUGAUUCUGCAACUGGAACAAAUAAUUAAGAUGAAGAAUCUGAAACCAACCAUCAUCAAAAUCUAUGAUUACUACCAGCCAGGUGGGUUGCCAAUUUCCUUCCUACUCUGUGUUUGGAAGCUGAAUUCCUAGUUCUCUAGCUGUGUCCAAGCAAAGUCGUUGAGCGCUAUUCCUUGUGCGCAUGUACAUUUGUGUAAUUGUCUUCCUCAUUUCCUUUUGCAGAGGAGCAAGCCUUGGCUAUGUACAGUGCUGUCUGUAGCUGAGGUAGGCAGCAAGUCCCUGUGUGAUUCAAAAAGUGUCAUCAUGAAAUGGUGGGUUUUGAGUGAGAGAGAGAAGAGAAUGUCUGGGAAGAAUGUAAGCAAUCUGAACCGGGAAGUGGUUAAGAAGUGGAGAGCACAUAUCCAGAAAAAAAUGAGGAAUAAGCAGUUGUCUGUAACAGAGCAUCUAGAACUAGGCUAAGGACAAUUCUGUAGCCAGAGAGACAGCUGAAAGACUCUGGUGGCCUCAAAAUGGGAGUGGGGAAGGAAAGACUAAGCAUAGUGACUGCAUCACAUGGAAUGAGAAGGCAGAGCUAACAAAGAGAUUCCAUUCCCUCCUGAGUACCUGCUACACUCAUUGCAGGGUAGGAAACAGGGACUUGGGAAAUGAAAGGAACAAGCUGAAGCUGGGACAAUGUAAUAUUUUUCAUCGUGGGAUGACAUAACUGGCAGUUGGAAAGGGAAUGGAUUGUCAGUAGCAGCCUGAGGUGAGGACAGGUCUGGAACUAUCCCUCCUGGAAGGACAAAGCAGAAUUUUGGCAUAGAACAUGCUGUAUCCUGACAUCAUCCCGUAGAGCACUGUGGGAGUUUCCAGUUUUCCACUGGGGAAGGCCCAGGCAGUUUUGGGUCGUAAGUUGCAACUGUACGUUUUUUAAUUGCUUGUGUCCUUUAUGCAAGCUCCUGUGCCAUCAGCCUGCUUUGAAGCAGUCUCCACACAGUAAUGCAGUGUAAUUAAGACUGUAGCCCAUCACCCCUACUCAGCAGUACAUCCUUGCCCACUGUUUUUAGCAAAGCUUUUUGAAAGCAACUAUUAUGUUGUACAGCAGACAAAGUGUUGAACUUAUCCCAGUCCCUCCUUGCCUUUGACUGAAGCUUGUGUGAUGAUCACAGCUGCAAAGUACAAACUCCGCCUUGAGGGGUUUUUCCGGUGCAUGUCUGCUACUGGCAGGCUAGAGUUUUGCACUCUAUGCAAACACAGAACAGAUUUGAAGGAAUUAUUUUGCCCAGGUACUUCUAACCGUGAUUUACCUGGUUUGGGAGAAAAAUGCUGAAAAACAUUGAACAGUCACUCAACCAGAUCAUUCUAGUCUCCUGACUUUUAAUAAGAGACCAGGCAUAGUUCUAGCAUUUAAGAAGCUAACAGCUCAGGAGGUUAUUUUCAAAUAUUUUCUCUUUGCUUCUCAUCUCCAUGUAGUAGCUGUUAACAGGAGUGACGAGAGGAGUGAUGGUCACAGCGACUGCAGAGAUUGUCUGUUCCCGUGGAGACAACAAAGGACAAAAAGUCUGUUUUCCUGAAAUAUUAAAACUGACCAAUAGGAACUCUGUGUUUUUUUUUUGUGUGCCUUGUGGCCAAAUAGGACUGCCAAGUCAUCAA